AUGCCUGAAACUGAAAAGCUCUCUGAAACUUAUGAUAUGUACGACGAGUUUGACUGUGAAGAAGGUGAAAAUGAGGAAGUGCAAGUGAAAGAGGAGGAAGAAGAUUCAGAAACUGAUUUUGAUGCUGCGGAAAGUGUUGAUCAGUCAGCAAGAAAUGAAUCCCAGUCAGCUGAAUCAGUGGUGAAAACUGAAGAUCAGGAUGAAUUUCAAAUUGACAUGUUCGAUGCUGAGUUUCGUGCGAUUAUGGAACUGGAUUUUUCUGCUGAAACAAAUGCAAAUGGAACAAGCCAAGCAGUGAGGGUAAACGAAAAACACGAAACUGAUUCGGAUGCCACUGAAAUUGAUGAUGAUGAUCAUUCAGCAGUCAAUGAAUCUCAGCAAACUGAACCAGUAGUCAACCGUAGCUCGAGCAGUGCAUCAGGUGAACAACAGCUGAAUGGUCGUCAAAGAAGAGCUAAAAUCCACAAGUGUCAGCAGUGCGGCAAAAGCUUUCCAUCUGCAUAUAAACUCAAACGACACCAAGUAGUGCACACUGGCAUACGGGCUUACAGCUUGUUCACACUGGAAUUCGAGUUCACAAAUGCGCAACGUGCUCCAAAUCAUUUGGGCUAA